AUGCCCGACUGCCACCACUUCCUCCUUAACUCACCCGCAUUGAACGACUUUGACUUAAUCCUUCUACAGGAACCGUGUAUCAACAACCUUGGCCUCACCCGUGCUUCAUCACGCCACUACGUGGCGUACCCGCACCCCCAUGCAUCGGACCGGUCCAAACCCGCCCGGGCGGUUACCUUCAUCAAUAAGGCACUCGACACCAACUCAUGGGAGAAGCUACCUUUCCCAAGCCUUGACGUCUCGGCGGUUUUGAUGAAAGGCGACUUUGGACGCCUAACGAUCUUUAAUAUAUAUAAUGAUUGCAAUAACUCUGAGACGCUCCACCUCAUCCGCUCGUUCAUACAUGACCAUGCUGACUAUAUAUUGCCAGACGACCGCUCGUAUCUCCUGUGGGCAGGCGAUUUCAACCGACACCAUCCGGAUUGGGACGACCUGACCAGCCACCACCUCUUCACCCCUGACAACACACGCGAUGCGGAGAUCCUCCUCACGCUUGCGUCGGACCACGACAUGGAGAUGGCCCUUCCGCCCAACAUCCCCACCCUCCAACACAUUAGCACGGGACGAUGGUCGCGCCCGGAUAAUGUCUGGAUCUCCUCUUCGCUACGAGACGCAGUGACACUGUGCAAUACCGACCCGGCUAAUCGUGGUUUCUCCGACCACCUCCCCAUCUGCACCACCAUCGACAUACCCAUUGACGUUUACGACCCACCACCCACCCGUAAUGCUCGCUUAGCCGACUGGGACAAGAUUCGCUCAUACAUCACGGAGCAGCUGGAGAAGGAGGAGAUUCCGGAGGAGAUCGGUACACAGGAGGAGCUCACUGCCAUCGUCGACAAGAUCACGCAAAUCGUACAAGAUGCGUGCAAGGCGCACAUCCCGCUGGCGAAAGCGUGA